AUGAGGCGACGCGGUGUAGGUUGUGAGCCGAGUGUGUUUUAUGUUGUUGACUACAGUAAUUAUGAAGUGAUAUACAAAGUGGAUUGUGGUGGAAUCCGUCGUCAGUGGUACUUCCAUGUAGGCUUGGAGCUAGCAGUGAUGUUGACGAACAUUAGAGAAGACCCUUCCAUAGAAAAGAGCAUAGAGCAAGAGGAAAAGGAUCGAGAAGUCGAGAACCUCUCAAACAAGAUUGAGCUCCAGUGCACUUUGGGAGGGGAAGUAUCACCAGGACAUGCUCAAGAGAGACCAUCAGCCGAGACUCAUGAAGGAGAACUACGCAAAUGGUGCUCGCCGGAACAGUUCAAUACUGUUAAAGAGAAAGGCAGUGAAUAUCUGCAGGAGCAAACCAAAAAUAAGGAGAACCAGUUUAGAGAAGUGAAUCUCGCAACAUAUGAUCAGGGUGAAACGCAGUUCGCCUCUAACUCCAGGAACGAAGGCGAAGAAGAUCAUAGCUAUGGCGACAAAGGAGCUAAUGAGCAGGUGAAACCAUUGUCAAAGCAGUCUUCCCACCUGCUAAAAGGUGAAGGUGACGGUAGUGACAACGAAGAUAACGACCACGAGAUCGAAUUGGUUUACGAUGAAGGAUGUGAAACGGAUUGCGUUGGAAGCUACGCCAUAGAUGAAAUGGAUGAUGAGGCAGAAAAGCAAAUACAAGAGUACGCUAAUGCACCUCGGAAGGCGAAAUCAGGAAAUAUUGCUGUCCUUGAAUUUCUGCGCCGCAAUAACCUCAAUACAGUCGUCAUGGCUCUCAGUCCGCCACGUUACGUUUCUGGUCCAUUGCAUCGUCGUAGAAUUUGUGGAAUACGCUUUGUUACCUGUAGCAAAUCGUAUUUACAAGGCAUAUCCGUCAGCGAAGAUCAUCAUGCACACAUGUUUGCCUAUGAUAUUAGCAAGUCUUACCGGCUUCGCCUUGCCAACUACCUAGUUCCCUCUUCAGAGUUCAAACGCAAAGGAAUUAAUUCACGUGUUGUUCAUCUGGACAUAGCGAACAAACACUCAAAGAACGCUGAUUCAUACUUAUGCGUGGUAUCGUACGCCGAUGUGCUGGCCGAAAUAUCGAAAUCAAGCGAUUUUGGUACGUUGGCUACCAUUAAGGACGAAGUUUUCGAGAAAAUACGUGUUGAGAACAGAUAUCUCACAUCACUCGCAACAGCUAUCGGCGAUCAGCGGCGGUUCAUUGCAGUUGGAUCCACUUCUGGAAGAAUAUCUGUCUAUCGUGUCAUCAAUGGUGAAACCCUUGUCCAGCUCACGUGUGUCACUACCUGUGGCGAUAGAAUCGGUGGUAGGUCCCAUUAA